AUGCCUUCGGACACGAGCGAGCGCAAGCAGGCCCGGCCUCAGGCCUCCGCCGCCGCCGCGGGGGGAGGAGCCGGCUUGCACCAUCCGCCUCCGCCGCCUCAGACUCGUCACUUCUGCAAGUCUUGCCGCCACUACUGGACCCAGGGCGGCACCCUCCGCAACGUCCCCGUCGGCGGCGGCUCCCGCAAGUCGGCGGCAGCAGCAUUGGCGUCGGCCUCCGCCUCGUCGAAGAGGCCCCGCCUCCGUCCUCGUCUCCUUUUUGCAACUCCUCCAACUCCUCCGUGA